UAUGAUGUCACAGAAGGGGGCGUUUCGUAGUAGUUUCUGGCAGUGUUGUGCGUCACUCUUCCGAGCGGAGUGCAGCGUCGGCAGGUCUCCGGCCGGGAUUAUCCCCGUCUCUGACGGAGACCGUCUACCGUGAGGUACCGACAUGGAUUUCAUGAACGUCCUCAAGGUGGCGGCUUCUAAGCCGAGUGAUGGCGUCGCGAAGAGGUACAGCUUGGCAGUGGGACCCCCAAAAAAAGAUCCCAAAGUCAAAGGGGUGCAGUCAGCUGCCGUCCAGGCUUUCCUCCGACGCAGGGAAGAGGAAGAACGUCUGAAAGAACUGAAAGAAAAAGAGAAAAAAAAGGAACUGUUGGAGAAACGCAAGGAACUGAAACAUGACAAGAAAGCAAGAGCAAUGGCUUCCAGGACAAAGGACAAUUUUAGGGGCUACAAUGGGAUUCCAGUGGAAGAAAAACCCAGGAAGCGACUAAAUUCCAACACGGACCAGAACAGCAAUAAUGAGAACAACGAGUACUUGACAGAGGAAGAAAUGUACGAAUACUCCCAGAGCGAGUCCGAGCAGGAGGAGGUUGAAGAGCCCCCUCCACCACCACCACCGUCAAAAAAACCCAAGCUUUCCAAUGUAAAGAGACCACCACCACCACCAGCCAUGAACUUUGCUGAGCUGUUACAGCUUGCACAAAAAAAACAAUACGAACCAGUGGAAAUUGUAAAACCCGUGAAAAAAAACUAUGAACGACCAAAAACGGCUGAAGAACUGCGAGAGAUCGAGUUCCUGGAGAGGAAAAACCACAAACAUUCAAAAACAAAUGACCAGAUUGUUAUCAAAGUUAGCAAAAGCUCUUCAGAUAAACAUUCCUCCUCCAAGGGAAGUCAUUCCGAAGCCAAGAAGGUGAAGAGCAGCAGUUCCACUACGAAAAGUAGUCAUCAUGACAAAGCUCGAAGUGGAGACAGCGGGACUAUAAAAAAGCAUUCUGAUGGGAAGCACAAAUCUGAUAAACACUCGUCAGUCCCCCAGAGUAAAACAUUGAAGGCUCCUUCUAAUGGCAACCACAAACCUUCAUCUAGCAAGGAACCUUCAUCUAGCAAGGAACCUGGUGCUAAACACCAUUCAUCUUCCAGACCAGAUAAGAAUGGGAGUAUGAAUGGAAAACCUCAAGGAAAUACCCGACCCAGUAGCACAAGUUCUGUGAAGUCUUCUGGAGCUCCCGGAAAGCCAUCAGUAAGCACCGGGACAAGUUCUGCGCGGCCAUCUGGUGUAUCAAGCUCUUCACGGCCUUCUGGAGCACCCAUCUCUAGUUCUGGACGACCUUCAGGUACAGCUGGUACACAUUCUGCCCGACCAACAAUUAGCUCAAGUUCCUCCAAAACUUCUGGCACCCCUGGUUCUGUCCGGCCUCCUGGAAGCUCUGCCCGGCUCUCUAGUGGCUCCGGGUCAGGCAAACCUCACAGCAGCUCUGGAUCAUCACGUCCAAGCAGUUCUGGACAUUUAACCAGCAGCUCAGGUUCUGCACGCCCAUCCAGCAUAUCUGGAUCUAGUCGACCUGCCACUGGAAAUCCCCUGUCGAGUAGUAAGCCUAAGAGUACCCCAUCAGGCAAAGAAGGACCCUCAGUGCGACCAAAUGGAGGACCGACUUUGAGUUCUUCUAAACCUGCAGCUAAUUCUGGCCCAGGAAGGCCAAGCAGCCAGCUGACAAUGGGACCUGGGUCAAAGCACAAAUGUACUGUGGUAUCUGAAACAAUUUCAUCCAAAAACUUUGUACCCAAAUCUGCUAAUGGCCCAGUGAAUGGCAUGAGACCCGGCCCAGUGAAUGGCAUGAGACCCGGCCCAGUGAAUGGCAUGAGACCCGGCCCUCCACCAGGACACAGACCGAUGGCUCGUCCUCCAGGUCCCCAGCUGCCUCCCAUAACCAGCUCAUACAAGCGAAGAAUCGAUGACGAAGAGUAUGAUUCGGAAAUGGAAGAUUUCAUUGAUGACGGAGGAGAGUCGCAAGACGAGAUUUCAAAGCACAUCCGUGAAAUAUUUGGCUAUGACAGAUCGAGGUAUAAAGAUGAGAGUGACUACGCCUUGCGCUACAUGGAGAGCAGCUUCAGAGAGCAGCAAAAAGAGGAAGCACGGAGCCUGCGGCUAGGUAUUCAGGAAGACCUGGAAGAGCUGAAGCGUGAAGAGGAAGAACUGAAGAAAAAAGCCAAGCUAGAAAAAGCCACUAAAAAGAUGAAAAAGCGAUAGCACAUUCUCAGCCAAGCAUGGACAUUUUCACAUCAGCCCAUUACAGUGCAGUUCUCUGCACAGCCACCAGGUGAAGACUGGACCCCUGUCACAAAGAGAGCCUUCUAUCCAUUUAUUUGCAAAAAAAAUAAAAUCUAUAUACAGAAUGAAUUAAAGAUCCUUUUAAAAAUCUAGUUAUGGAUUUUUGGAACAUAUUAGUUGUCAGGGUUUUUUUCUCAACUUUUUUUGCUACCGUAUCACAGGUCAAAACUGGAUCUGCCGGACACCCAGGACACGGUGAAGAACUCGGCUUCUAUUUUUUUUUUUUUUAUAAGUAUAUUAAAUAUGGAUAUUGUUCUAAGAACAGAUUAAUCAAUAAAUUAUUUGUAUCAUAA